CAUAAGGCUAUACGCCAUGUGUGACUUGGGACGAACAUAUAUCAUUUGCUGAUAGUGAGGUGACUACAGGCUUAAGACACACCAAAUUUACCGUUAUUUGGUCAUUUAUAAGAAGACAUGGGUCUGUUGGACAAAUUGUCAAAGGGAGAGAACUUGGUCGUCGCUGAAGGAUACCUGUUCGAGUUCGAGCGACGUUGUAGACUGAAGGCAGGUGCUUUUGUUCCGGACGUGUCCGUACACCGUCCAGACCUCGUGAAGUCUCUGUAUGAGGAGUUUGUGUACGCCGGAAGUGAUGUCGUUCUAGCAUUCACUUAUUAUGCUCAUAGAGAAAAGCUGCGUUUAGUUGGAAAGGAAAAUGACCUGGAAAAAAUAAACAGAACAGCUUUGACGCUGGCGCGUGAAGUGGCAGACGACACCGGAACGUUGAUGGCGGGAAACAUCUGCAACACGACUGUGUAUGACAGAUCCAUUCCGGAAACAGUCGCACAAGCUGCGAAUAUCUUCAAGGAACAAGUGGAGUGGGCAGCACAGGAGAAAGCUGAUUUCAUUGUCGGAGAGACGUUUGGGACGCUUGGAGAAGCAAUGCUUGCCCUGGAGGCCAUUAAAAAAUAUGGAAACGGAUUGCCCGCAGUAAUAACCCUGGUACCCCGGGCGGAGGACGUGACUGAUGACGAUGUGGACCUGGUGGAGGCCUGCCAGAGGCUGGAGGAGGAGGGGGCCGCUGUGGUGGGGCUGAACUGCUGUCGAGGACCAGAAACCAUGCUGCCGACCCUGAGGAAAAUCCGCCAGGCUUGUAAAGGUCCGAUUGCUGCCCUACCGGUCGUUUACCGUACUCGCCCCAGUCACCCUACCAUGCAGUCACUGGUCGAUCCAGACACUGAUAAGAAAAAUAAGGACAUCCGUAAUGUAGAAAAAUCUCUACUGCCUUCUUUGAACCGAGGAGCCCAGUUUUGGGGAUGUUCGGCUUCUUCUUCCUCUAAUGACGUUUCUGCAAGUAUUCAGCUCCCGACAUUUUGUGUCCAAGACAAUUGAAAAGGAAUUUAUCCAACACGAGUUUCCUUGUUCUUGCACCUUGCUCAGGUAUUAAAACCAUUUCGAUUAAAUGAGUUCAAGAUGUCAGAGAGUUAUUACUGUCAAGGUGCAAGUCAACAGACAAAACGUAGCUGAUCUGGAAGUGAAAGUUAUGGGUACAUAUGCCUAUAGAAAUCACGAGAGAUUAGUUCGCCUAGGAAGAAAAUUGAUGUACAAACUAGAUCGGAUUUGUUCGAAAGUGUUAUUAACUAAUACUUGUAUUAAGUAACUUUUUUAUAUUUAAAUUAUAGCCAAAUUCAGGGACUAAUUCAGUUGUCCAAAGUCAAAGUAUAAGAGCAGCAGACUAAUGAUUCAUAUAUAACAUACUCUUAUGCAAUUAUUUUUGAGCUAAGUUCUAAAUUAAAGACUUACCUUAAAUUUAAAUAUGGUAUUAAGUGUUAAAACAGUUUU